UGUUUGUGUUAAUGCUCUUGUUGCUUUUUUAUUUGUUGACUCAUUUCUUUUUCAUCAUCACACACACCAACAUAAUAACAUGGGGAAUUGCUUGAGAACAAGCAACAUUUCAGCACAAGUUCAUGAUGAGAAUAACUAUGAAGCAGCCAAAGUUGUAGUUGAGCAUGUAAAGACACCACCAUCUUCAUCAUCAUCAAAGUUAGAAGAAGAAAAAGAAGCACAACCAAGCAUGAAGGUCAAGAAGGUAAGGUUCAAAACACAGGAUGAUAUUAUUGAUAAUGAAGGUGAUAAUGAUGAUAAUUCUAGAAAUGGGGUUGUGAGGAUUAGAGUUGUGAUGACUCAAGAAGAGUUGAAGAAGAUGUUGAGAAACAACAACAACAACAAUGAUCAGAACAAUAAUACGACAUUGGAAGAAUUACUAAGUGUUGUGAAGUUGAGAGGAGGAAGAGUUUUUAAGGUUAGUGAUGAUGAUGAUGAUGAAGAUGGAGACAUGAAUCCUUGGAGGCCAUCUUUAGAAAGCAUUCCAGAGGACAUAGCUACUUAGUUUGUUGAUUAUGUAGUUUCAAUUAUUUGUUGUGUCUAACAAUAUAUAUCUAUAUAUGUAAACAAUUUGACCCUCUUUUUUGUCACUUGAUGUAGGAGUGUGUAUUGAACUCCAUAUCAACGAAGUAAUGUAUUGAUUUUGAGUUGAAAGAUUGAUGGAAAUGUAUGUGGGAUUAAGGAUGUAAUUUGUGUUUUGUUGGGCGGUAUUGUUUCCUUAA